AUGAUACAACAUGGUGGUGUUGGUGGUGGCUCAGCCAGAGCAAAGUGUUUUCCGACGCGAUGGAAUGCGGCGACAAAGCCAUGUGACUAUUGCAAGUCCUCGGCUGCGUUGAUAUUUUGCGUGACAGAGUCGGCCUUUAUGUGCAUGACUUGUGAUUCUAACGUGCAUAAUAACGCGCAUGAGCGUGUGUGGAUGUGUGAAGUGUGCGAGCAGGCCCCGGCCAGCUUCAGUUGCAAGGCGGAUGCGGCCGCAAUAUGCGUCUUGUGUGAUCGGAAUAUCCACUCGGCCAACCCUUUAGCCCGCCGCCACGAGCGGACCCCGAUUGUGCGCUUUUAUGGCACUGCUGAGUCGAUGAUGAAGUCUGCCUCGGUCGCUACCACCUACUUAUUGCCCAUUAACCACUUAAGUUGCACAGAAACGAAAGUGGAAAACGCGACAGAUAAUUGGAUACCUUCCAACCCAAUUACAUCAAAACUUUCUGCAGAUAUGAAAUCCACGGAAUUAUUGAUUUCUAAUUCUGAUCAAUUCUUGGAUUUUGAGUAUCCAAUCUCUGCUGACAGUGUUGUCCCUGUACAAACCAUAAAGCCUGCCGUCCCAACAAAAUUGACUGAGUAUUCAUCUGAAAAUCCUUUUGAGAUUGACUUCACUAAAUCCAAUAUAAAUUCAUACAACACCACCACUACCACGCCAUCCUUUAGUGUUUCAUCAUCGUCGUUGGAUGUGGGAGUUGUGCCUGAUGGGAGCACCCUUUCAGAUAUAUCGUUCCCUUUUAAGCUAAACACGAGCAUCAGAGGAAAUGAAGCUUCACACGUGGUGGGAAUGGAUAGGGAAGCAAGAGUCUUGAGGUAUAAAGAGAAGAGAAAGAAGAGAAAAUUCGACAAGACUGUACGUUAUGCUUCACGGAAGGCCUAUGCCGAGACUAGGCCAAGAAUCAAAGGGCGGUUCGCCAAAAGAACUGAGGUGAUUGCGAUGUAUAAUGUAACAUCUAUCUUCAAAGAUGUGUCCAAACUUGGACCUCUUGCUCUUGGUGAAUGA